ACGUGGUGCACGCAACGACACAGAAAAAGCAGAGCAGUUCCGUGAGAUUGUGUAAGUUCAUUAACGAAUCUAUGAAUGACAUGCUGAUGACACUAGUAUCCUGCGGGACACGAGCAAUCGAACGAGGUCUCAUUGUGAACGAUCGAAUGAACCGAUUCUUUGCGUGUGCGUACGUCGUGCGUCAUUUUGCCAUGCUAUCUGAAAAUUCAAUUUUCCGGACAAACAGCGUAUUACGAUCUAUGCGACGAUACUGUUUCUUUAACAAAUUAUGUCUACGUUCUCGAACAGGCGUACAAGCAACGCGUGAACGUGCAAAGUAUUUUAUUUACUUAGGAGAGAGAUUUAAUUGAACAAACAGAGCAGGUCGUCACGCUCGUUUAUACUUCACGAAGGACUUCGUCGAAAAUGAACUAUCGUUUGAGAAAGAGAGAGAGAAAGAGAAAGAGAGAGAGAGAGAGAGAGAGAGAGAGAGAGAGAGAGAGAGAAAGAGGGAGAAAGAGAGAGUAGAAAACUACUCGCAAACCGGAGUGUUGAGAAGCAAACGAGGUGGCUUGCUCGCAAAUACAAUACUUGUCACGCAUGUAAACAAACGCUUUGCAAAGAAAAUAUACAAACGUGUGGGUGUGGGUGUACUUUGAGGGUCGCCACGCUCGACUUGACGCUCGUACCGUGCUGAGAGGAAAAUCGCUGAAGUUGGCGUUUCUACGAAUGACAUUUUAUUUUCCUCACAGAUUUGUUAGGAGGUUACUUUGAUAAACUUAUUUAUACGAUCAAAUCGUAAUUAGUGUGCUGUUUCUACGUAUAUAUACAUAAAUGCAUUUUGCAUAUAAAUGCAACGGUGGUCUUCGAGUAAUAUAGUUUAAUGUAAACAGAGGAACAGAUAUCCGAGUAAACGCAUGAAGAGUUCGAUUACAAUUCGCAGAAUUGCAACUAGAAUUUUAAUUCGACGUUGGAUCUAUUUUAAAUUUCAAGCGGACGACAAUAACGAUAAUUUAUAAUUUAUAGGUAUAUUAUUUAUUUGAUUUAAGAUAAAUUUGAUAGAAAUUCGAAAAGAAUCUGAAGUUGUAGUUCUCGUGUAGACUGCAACUUCAUUUUGAAAAUGCCAGGCAACGUGGAACAACAAAUGUUCGUUCGGUAUACGUUGUAAUGACUUUUGGGAUAGAUUUCUAUUUAAAUUCGUGGUUCGAACAGUUUCGAAUAACAUUAUAAUCUUUCAUUUCUCGUGAAAAAUUGUUGAAUAUGCCGUAUGAACUAUAGCUUGAUAUAAGAUAUAGGACAGCAAAUACCUUGUUCGAUGAUAAAUAUCAAUAAAGUAAAAUUGUGUUCGUUAUUAAUCGUUGUAAAAAGUGAGAAAAAUAAAGAAGAAUGGUUCGACCGUCGAAUCCGUUGUUAAUGACCGUUGUUCUCGAUGCGGUUGGGCGUCUCUCAGAAAGAAAAGGUUCUACCGUACGAGAUAUCCUUGAUUUCGUUCGACAAAAUUCCAAUGGAUUUUCGAGGAAUCUUACGAUGCAGGUUCAUCGUGCUCUGAAACAUGCAGUCAAUGCUGGUUUGCUUCGACACAGAAGUGGAAGAUAUAAGAUUUUACUCAGCAUAAAUCCGAUAUCCGCUCAGCAAUCUAUAAUCGAAGAUUCGAAAUCCACUGAUGCUUUAACUGAAAAAUUACCAAACGGAUCACCCGAACGACCGACACGACGUAUUAAAAAUUCUGAUAGAAAACAAGGUAAAAAACAAACACGUCGCAAAGGUGUUGCAAGUCGAAAUGGUCAAUGCACUCAUACUCGAAAAUGUUCGGAAACAUUGGAGAAAGCGGGACUAACGCGAAGGCAAAAACGAAAAGGAGGUGGAAGAGUCGAAGAAAAUGAUGAUUGGAUAAUACCAGUUCGACGUAAACAAUUUGCUAAACGAAAGAUGUCCGAAAUCGUGCACGAAGAUUUAUCGCCGUCGAGCGAUCGUUCCCAAGAAAAAAUACCUGAUUUUGAUUCGGAUGUAUCCAACGAAAAUGAUGAGAAAUCAACAAAUUCAAAGAACAAAUUUUAUUCCCGAGACGAAGAACGCUUGUCGUCUCCAAGAAGGAAAAGAUCGCCAGUUAGGCAAGAACACAGAGGACAAAAUUCAAAGGCCAGAUCGAGAAAACGAUCAUCCUCUCGAAAUCGAAGUCCACAGCGUCUAAAUUAUAAUCCAAAUCAAAAUCAACAGGAACAGCAACAACAGCAGCAAUUAGAAAUAGAGGAAAUACCAAACGAGAACUUGGAAAACACGAGGAUGGACUGCGAACAGGUGUCUGGAAAUAUCGAAAUCAUCGACGAUUCACCAAGUCCUGAAAUCAUUGAAAGAGAUUGCCAGCCUAAUAACAGUCGAAGUGGUAGUAGUUUCUAAAACUGUAGCUUUACUUUCUUUUUUAUAUACGAUAGAAAUUAACGAUUAUUCAUGUUAGUCUCGUUUUUUCGUAUUUGAAUUACGUCAAUGUCGCUAUACGUUUCACGAUCAGUCUCGUAUAUUCGUUAUAUAAAUUUUUAUCAUUUUGUCAACACGAAGUCUUAAUAAAUUUCUUAUUACAUUA